UUUCCAGGCUGGCUGCUCAACUUGCCUCUGCCAAUGUUCAUCUGCUCAUAAUUGUUCCCUUCCCCGGCCCCCUUGCUUUUCAGGCAUUAAUCUCAAGAUAGUUUCUACUGUUUCCACCAAGAACAGUGAUGGACACAAAACUGGCAUAAGGGGAGGAAGGACAUUGUAGGUCACAGGAUCCCAAGGGGAAGGUCACCCGAGAAGUGAGAGGCUUCAGAAGUCAUGGGGAUCCAUGGUCCUGUUACCAGGAGCUGAACUGAUCAACGUGGCCUGGAUCCCAGAACUCACCUGGGGCCUGAAAGAAUAGCUGUCUGUAUCCAGAGAGCAUGACUUCUGACCGUGGAAGUCACUCCACUGCCGCAGGAGUGGGACAGUGGGCCUGGGCUGGCUGGACACCACACCUGUUGCAGGGGCCCCACGACUGGAGACAACGGGUGUCAGGUAACAGAGACCCCCUGGGGUCUAGGUGUCCGGGAGUGAAGGACAGGUUUUGGCCACCCUUUCAGGAGAGGAAGCCAAACCAGCCAAAGGUGAGGAGCCCUGGAAAAGGCAUUAGAAGAGCCACAUGAUAGGUACCAGUGAAGGGCUUGUAACCAGAGCGCUGUAGCUUUUAUCUGUAGCCCUGCCUUUUUUGGGGUCCUACGGUAAUAAUUACAAUGGUAUUAAAUGUCUUUUCUUUCCUCUUUGUCGGUGGCAGUUAAUUUUACUGUGGAGCGUACAGGUGGUAGAAAUUUGCAGUAGGAGCUGUGCAGAAUGAGGGCAGGAGUGGUCGUCACCCAGGUCAGCCUCUGAUGCCUGGAGCAGCGGAGCAGUUGGGAUUCCGCAUGAAGCAAGGAUGCUGCUCCCCGUUGGCUUUUGGGCCGAGGUGUGGACACUCAUCGCCCUUUCUGGACCCCUGUACCUGUUCCAGGUGCUCACCUUCAUGAUCCAUUUCGUGAGUUCUGUGUUUUGCGGGCACCUGGGCAAGCUGGAGCUGGCGGCAGUGACCCUCGCGGUGGCCUUUGUCAACAUCUGUGGAGUUUCCAUAGGCUUGGGCUUGUCCUCGGCGUGUGACACCUUGAUGUCUCAGAGCUUCGGCAGCCCCAACAAGAAGCACGUGGGGGUCAUCCUGCAGAGGGGUACCCUGGUGCUGCUCCUCUGCUGCUUCCCCUGCUGGGCGCUCUUCCUCAACACCGAGACUAUCCUGCUGCUCUUCAGGCAGGACCCGGCCGUGUCCAGGCUAACCCAGGAGUACGUGCUGAUUGUCAUCCCAAUGCUUCCAAAAACCACUUAUGGGAGAACUUGUGGGAAGAGUGGGAAAGAAACAUUUUCAAUCACCUCUAAUCCUGCCACCCAGAGAGAAUACAGGGCAUGUUUUCUUUAUGUCCUGCUGGCAAAAUAUCUGCAAAAUCAGGGCAUCGUCUGGCCCCAAGUCUUCAGUGGCAUCGUGGGCAACUGCAUCAAUGGCUUGGCCAACUACAUCCUGGUUUCCAUGCUGAGCCUGGGGGUCAAGGGCUCUGCUUAUGCCGUCACAGUCUCCUACUUCGUGCAGAUCAUCUUCCUCUUUCUCUACAUUGUGCUGAAGAAGCUUCACCUGGAGACAUGGGCAGGUGCAGGGGGCUGCCCUGCCUUUGGGGAGCUGGGCAGACCAGCAGCAGGCAGGACCCCAGCACGGGCACAGGGCUGGUCCAGACAGUGCCUGCAGGACUGGGGCUCCUUCUUCUCCCUGGCCAUUCCCAGCAUGCUCAUGAUCUGCAUCGAGUGGUGGGCCUACGAGAUUGGGACCUUCCUCAUGGGCCUGAUCAGCGUGCUGGACCUCUCCAGCCAGGCCAUCAUCUACGAGCUAGCCACCAUAGUCUACAUGAUUCCCCUGGGGCUCAGCAAUGCGGUCUGUGUCCGGGUGGGGACCUCCCUGGGAGCUGCAGAUACUGUACAAGCUAAGCGUUCAGCCAUCUCAGGCAUGCUCUGUACAGUGGGCACCUCGCUGGUGGUGGGCAUGCUGCUGAGCAUCCUGAAAAACAAACUGGGGCAUAUUUUUACAAAUGAUGAAGAGGUCAUUGCCCUGGUGAACGAGGUCUUGCCGAUUUACAUCGUCUUUCAGCUGUUUGAGGCCAUCUGUUGCGUCUACGGCGGAGUCCUGAGGGGAACCGGCAAACAGGCCUUCGGAGCCCUUGCGAACGCAGUCAUGUAUUACGUCAUUGGCCUCCCCCUGGGCAUCGUUCUGACCUUUGUGGUCAGAAUGGGAAUCAUGGGCCUCUGGCUGGGCAUGCUGGCUUGUGGCCUCCUGGCAGCCGCCGCCUUCGCUGUCUACACGGCCCGCAUGGACUGGAAGCUUGCGGCCGAGGAGGCUCAGAAGCAUGCGGGGCUGCUGCCGCAGAGCCCCAACGGCGCGGUGAGUACGGUGAGCACGGUGAGCACGGCCCCCAGACCCGGGCCUGCGAAGGCUGUCACGUCCUCAGUGGCUACGGGUAGCUCCCCUGGCAUCACCCUGAUGACGUAUUCAAGGCCCGAGUGCCACCUGGACCUCUUCAGGACCCCAGAAGCAGCCCAUGCCCUUUCAGCACCGGCCAGCAUAUUGUCAGCGAAACAGCUGGUCAUCCGCCGUGGGGCUGCUCUGGUGGUGGCAUCAGCCAUGCUGACGGUGGGCCUGGUCAUCAGGCUCCUGACCACCAGACACUAGCCACGCAGCUGGGAGACAGAAAGGGGGCCAGGAGUGGCCAUCCCCACCUGCGCACACAGUGGGCCCCCUCCAACAGCACCCACGUGAUGCAGUGUGGGUGGAUACUUUGACCACACUUACGAAAAAGGUCUACAGCCAGCAAUUCUUGUGACACACCAGGUCUGUCAAAUUGGCUUUUUCGCCUCUGCUCUUUAAGCAGCCGUCAGCUGACCAAGAAGAGUCAGAGAGGCUUCAAACUAGGAGAUUGCAAAUCAAAACAUGAAGACCGAAAACACCCCUACCCAAUUAAAAAUUAUGUAUCUCCUAGGAGACUCUGAUGCCCAGGUCUGUUCACAAGGCCUUUGUGAGGCUCUGAGAAGGGGGCCAGGGGGCCCUGCCCAGGGAAGCCCAGUGCACCAUGACCCCGGGCGCCCCUGCCCCCACAAACCCCUGCAGAUCUGGGAGCCAUGAAACCCCGAGGCAGAUCCACGGAUCCUCCUUUGCCUCUCCCCUCACCCUUCAUUCCGUCCUCAUCGCGCUGAUCACAGACCUUGAGAAACACUUGUUCUUCCAGCAGUGAUCAGAUAUAAACAAGGACAGCAAAACCCAGAUGGCCUGGCCACAAUGGCCUCGGGAUGGAAGGCUACGCUAACCCAAAUUCUAGGACGCUCUUCCUGGAGGCCUGGGACCUGCCCAAUAUCCUCAGGCUCUCCACAUCAGGCUGUGUGUCACCAUCCAGAAUGGAGGGCAGCCUGGCCUCCCCUCAGUCCCUUCGGCAUCAGUAGCUAUAAACACAUUCACAAAAUGAGUUUCUGCAUCAAAGCCCAUAGAAAAAAUGGAUCCAUAGAAUGUCAUCCCGGUUUCAAAGAGUCAACGUGAAUCCAUGUGGUAUUUAGGACCUGGUGAUACUUGAAGUCUCCCACUCCCAGGAAGGCGGGUAAACUCGUCUGGGACACACAUACCUCACACUGAGCUGCUGGCAACCAAACAGAACGACUGGGAACAGAGCACAGGAAAAUAAUGUCAUUUCCCCAAAUGUGUUCUAAGGUUAAAGGGUAUUCAGACAAAAGGCUUUCACGGCCAAGUAAGUUUGGGCAACAACCCACACCAGCACUGCAAAGGUUCUAUGGCCUUGGAUCCUUCAAGAUGCUCCAGUGCUUUAUGAAUCCUGGUAGACAGGAUGGGUAGCGGGAUCAACUUUUGUGUAAAACCUUAUGGGGUUAGUGUUCAGGGAACAGGCUUACAGAAAAGCUUGCUUUAGAUGAGCAAAUGGAGAUAGGAGGGUGUCGUUGAAAAAAACUUAUUUACUAUAUAGGCAUUUUAAAAAAUAAAAACUCACAGGGGCACCUGGGUGGCUCAGUUAAGCAUCUGACUCUUGAUUUCGGCUCAAGUCAUGAUCUCAGGGUCAUGAGAUGCAGCCCUGUGUGGGCUCUGUGCUCCAUGUGGAGUCGGCUGGAGAAUCUUUCUUCUACUCCCUCUGCCCCUCCUCCCACCUCUUCCUCUGUUUAAAAAAACACAAAUGACAGAGAAAUCUUGGCUAAGAAUUUAAAUGAAAAAGCAAGGUUUAAAGUUGAUAAAUACCUGUGAUAGAUUAAGGCAAAAAAAUGGAUUUGUAGUUGGGGGAAAACUUAUAGCCAAAGAAUUGUCUCCAACAGGGCAUAAAAGGUUCCAUGCUAAGAAUGUUAUUAAACUUCAUACCAGUUUUAGCAAAUAUAGUGUAUUUAUUUUGAAGCAGAAUAUGUGAAUAGUCGAGGCAAUAAUUUAGUUUAACUAGAAAUUAGAAAAUACAAUUUAAUAUACUACAUGAAAACUCCAUAUUGAAGUUCUGAGAUAUUUUAUGACCAAUUAUCCUGAUGAAGUGACAGUGUUAAGCAGCUGUUUCUUAAUCUCACCUAGUGAUGAAUUCUUGAUACCUCACCCUGUGAUUAAAUCACACACUCUCCAAAGGGAAUUAUACAUUCUCUCAUCGUGCAGAGGCGGGGAGGGUGGAGCCCUUGCAACCAGGAGUCACCACAGCCUGGCAGGGAGGCUGCAUUCCACAGGGCUCUUUCCCACCUGGCUGAAGCACCUGGUCUCAGGUCUGGGCCAGGCUCAGGAGAUCCCGUUCCUCUCCUUCCUAUGUCCUCCGUCCCCUUCAGCGUGGCCAACUGCUAUGGCUUACAAAGUCUGCCUCCAAACGAUCCACCAUCAGCCCCUCGGAGGCUCUCUAGCUCCAAAGUCCUAAAUAUCCAAGGCCUCUUGUCCAUGACAGGAGGUGGCUUUCCGCAUUAAGUCCUGAACGCUGAACUUAUUCAGAAAGGGAUCCCUCUGAGGUUCAGAAAAGUGAAAUUUAUUAGCAUUGUGCUAUGGGACAUAAGAAAUGUAAAGAUUUGUCCUUCAAGAUCCACUGACUUGAAACUGUAACAUCCCGAGAGAGAAUAAGUAUUGUUAUAAGUCAUUUUAUUACAGCAUAAAAUCAUACCAGUUAGGUUUUGUAAGAUGCAGAAUUCUAUGCCUACACAGGAAGUGACAGAUGAUACUUUUGUGAAAUUGGCAACGGUCUUCCCUGAAAGCCCUGGGAAAUACAAGAUGUUUUGCAUGGUAUUAGUCACAAAAGGCAUUUGUAGACAGCCACAAAACAACUGUCCCCAACAAAACACGAGGGUGGAGAACGGAUGAGAAAGUAGGGAGACCACUGGUCAGAUGGCACUGGCAAGAGGGUUGACUCCUGAAUGUCAAAUCCUUAUGUCCCAAUGGAUGAGGGACAGGAUCAAUUCCCACCACCAACCCAUAUACAAUUCCAGUGCAUCAAACCCUAAGCAGAGCUGGGAAGAUCUAGCUCCACCUCUCUGGAAGCCGAGGGCUGAUGGCUCCACAGAGAGAUGGCGUAAGGCAGCAGUGGGGGCAGGGUGCCCUGUGUCCCAUGAACUGGAAUGAAGAAGUCACUCAACAGGUUCGGAGACUCUUUUACAUCUCCCAAGGAGUCCGGGUUUAGCAUAACACAUCUCCUCCCCUAGACUCAAGCUCUAAGGUCUGGGUGACACAACGCCAAAUUGGUUCUCCAAGUCACCAAACAGUGGGGGGAGGACUGGAGUUUGGCUGACAUGGCAAGUUUUAUCCAUGGUGAAUGGCAAUGACUUUUAGGUUUGAUUAUGGUGCAUUUGCAGUUUUCCUUACUAUUUUUGGUAGGAUUUUAAAACGAUUGGUUCAUUAACUAUUUAAUAGAGAAAUAACUCAGUAAAGGCAUCUAGGAGGUUGAACAGGAUCCUUCUUCAGUAGUAUCCAACCUAGAGAGAGGAGAAAGAGAUUCAGGUCUCGCUGCUGGUGUAAAACCCUGCCCAACCAGCCCUGGAACAUGAACCAGUUCCAUAUCAGGACUCUACCAAUGCCUCCCAUUUUAAAAGAUGCUAAAUACACUGAAUAUAAAAGGUCCCUGCAUCCCUAAGAAGCAAAGUGCAGUGUGGGCUGAGGACAAAAGACUAUGCCCUCUCGUACAAAACAACAAGGCAGGGAGUGGUGGUGGAGGAGGUGUUCUGUUUAGUGUUGUGAGACAACAUCAGAGUUGAACUGGGAAUGGAAAAUGUUCACCUCCUAUCCUCCAGCUGUGAACGGGAGACUGGAGUCCCGACAUGAAAUCUGAAAACUCAUAAACAAUUGUGCUUCUAAAAUCCAAAGCGAAAAAAUAAAUAAAUAAAUAAAAUAAAA